AUGUACAGUUCUGUCGUCAUUUGGCACGAUUGCCUCACUCCAGAAGAACAUAUUGACCUCUAUGGCCCUGAUUUUAAAAUCGUCCUAGAGGAUCAUGUUGCUGCAUCACCAACAAAAGCAACAAUACCAACAACAACAAAAACAAAAGCAACAGCACCAACAACAAAACGAGCAAAGGCGCCAACAAAACGAGCAAAGGCGCCAACAACAAAAACAACAACACCAACACCAACACCACCAUCAACAACAACACCAAAAGCAACACCACCAGCUGCGUGGCCCACCACGAGUCGUUUACCGACUCAAAUCUUUGAGGCUUGUUGGAGGAAGCCUUCCCCACCUUUUGAAUCAGCGCGUGCGGACGAUCUUGUCCUCACUUUUGAUAACGACGCUGAGGCUCACAAGACGUUGUUGAGCCAAUUUUUGAAAUAUAAGGGGGGGUAUUUUGCUGGGCGAGUGUUGUGCAAAUUGGACAACAUGUUGCUUAAUCCCAUCUGUUGUGACUCAAAUAAGAUGAUGCCAUCGAAACUCGGUAUUGACUUCCAGCGUGAAUUGGAACAACUACAUGGUAUAUUGACAAGAAACACGACGAUCGAAAGUGCAAAGUGUUUCUCCGAAAUGGACUUCUAUGCGCGGUGUAAAGAAGACCCGCGAGGUGACAUGGAAAAACUUCAUCGCCGGCAAAAAAGUAUCAGGUGGGGGUUAUUUUAUCCAACAAGUCCCCCGGAAGAAGAGUUGGAGAAGGAAAACACUGUUGUAAUCACCAAGGUAUCGGUUGACUUACCAUUGAUCAAGAAUGACGUGCAGGAGGUGACGUCAAAUCAACUUCCAACCCGUGAACGCGGUGAUUUUGAAAAGAUGGCUUCCACAAUAGCCAUCACCAAAUUCAACAAUUCAAAAGAUGCAUUCUUGCAAAUAAAAUGCAUGCUACCUGCGACCUGGCAAGGUGAAUCGCCAACAGAGCGGGAGCCACCUAGCAUCAUUAUUAAAAGCGAAGUUGGAACUGUUGCUAGAUUGAAUUGGGCACGGAAAACGAAGUGUGAGAAAAAUAUUGCCAGAUUGGCUGCUUCGCUAAACCAAACCGAGUCUGACUCGAUGAAUGACAAAAUAAGAACAUUUAAACAGCUACAAGCUGAUUUCUAUGUCAUGAUAGUGUCGAUUUAUUGCAUUUCCGCUUCAAUGUUAACCCACCCCGAUUUUUACCACGACCGAGAGAUUGAAGUGGCAAAGUAUAUCAUGAAGUACUUUGCCGCGAUUGGAGAGUCAACUCGGAAGUAUCACAACUUAAUCAAAGGAGGAAUGAAAUACGUGAUAACAAUAAACAAACAGUUGGAGGCGAUAAUCAGCCAAUUAUUACCCCACAUCAAAGAAAUAAUUGACGUAAUUGCUGACUUCCGUCCAUUCGCUGAAUCAAACCAGUUGGUUGAGGGUGACAGCCACCAAGCGGGGAAUAAUGAUGUCACUGGUGCUGAAAAACCAAAUGGCGUGGAUGCCAUAAAAGAAGAAGAUACCAGCGCCAAAUCUGCGAGCAAGAAAACCAAAAAGAAGAGGAGAUGGAACAAAAAGUAA